AUGUUUAAAAUAUUUUCCCGUCCUAACAAUAAUUCAGAAUCCAAUACUCCACCAGGUUCUCCCUCUAAUAAAAUAAUAUUUGCCGAUUCAUUUUGGUCUUGGUAUAUUGAUAGUUAUUUAAUUAAUGAUAAUCAAACUCAUAUUAAACAUACACCUUAUAAUAUCACUAAAUAUUCUGAUAAAUCACAUGACGUAACCACUUUACAAAAAUAUUUCAUCACCAAUAAAUUAACUCCUAUACCUUCAACAACGCAAAUAAUUGCCAUAUUAAAAUCUCCCUUCACUCAAGGGGAUUUAAAUAAAUCAUAUUAUUUAAUUCGAAUGUUUCAAUUAUCUAGUCAAGGAUUAUUUUUAACUAAUUCUUCCACGGAUAAAUUAAAUCAUUCUAUACAAUUUUUGGGAGCAGAAAAUUGGGAUAAUGUCAUGUGUUAUUUAGAUGCAUUAUUAUUUGCCAUGUUUGCUAAUUUAGAAAGUUUUGAACCAAUACUAUUUAUUCCUAAUCAUUCAGAAUAUUUAUUAAAUCAAUUAUCUGCAUUAUUACGAGUUUAUGUCAAUUUAUUGCGAUCAGGAAAUUUGAUUACUACUGAUUUAACUGCAAAAAUUUGUGAAGCAUUAAUGAAAUUAGGCUUUACCGAAGCAUUAAGUCAUAAACAACAAGAUUCAGCGACAUUAUUUGAAUUUUUAACUCAAACAUUAAAUAUGCCAUUAUUAACCUUUAAAAUUGAUAUUAAACAUGGAGGCAAAUUUAGUAAGAAUGAUGAUGAAAAAAUUUCUAAAGAAAGAAUAUUAUUUGUUAGUAUUCCUAAUGAAGAAAUUGAAGAUGAAUUAUUACCUGUGGAAAAGGGAAGUAUUAGUCAUACUGAAAAAGUUGAUAAAAAAUCAACCACAACCACAACCACAACCCAACAAGUCAAUGAUGAAAUAGAACAACAACCUCAGCAACAUGAAGAUGAUGAAGAAGAAGAAGAAGAUCUGAUAUUAUUGGAAGAAUGUUUAGAACAUUAUUUCAACAAUUCAAUAAGUGUGAAACGUGAAUUAGAAAGAAGAGCCACAUUAUCACACAUCACUGAAGGGAUUACUGCAACUAAUAUAAAUGAUGAUGAACCACCUCGAGUUAUCACUACACCAAUGUCAAAUAAAUAUGAAUUUGAAACAAUUGAAAAUAUUGAUAUUGAUGAUAAAACUCGUUUACGAUCAAAUAGUGUGAAAUCCAAUAAUGUUAAAGUUGGAGUAAGACAACGAUCAUCUACUACAUUAUCAUUUUGGUCAGUUGGUACUGGUGAUACUAAAAGCAACAAGAGUAAUAAUGAUAAACUGAGACGAGGUAGUACUUCUGGUAAAGAAGUUAGUUUACCAGCAUGGAUGUUUCUUCGAUUAUUACCAUUUUACACUGAUGAUAAUGUGAUAACUAAUGAAUUAGGAAGUAUUGUGAAAACAUCCAAAGAAUUUGCCACUAGAAGACCAAUUUUACCAAUUUGUUUAAAACGAUAUCGAUUUAAUUCUGGAGCGGCUUCUGGUACUCGAUCCCAAAAAAGAAUAAUCAUCCCACCAUUUAUUGAUUUACCUCAAUUUGUUGCUGAUGAUAUUGAUGAUAGUAGUUGUUCAUUUAGAUUGAUUUUAGAAAGUGCCAUUUGUCAUCGUGGUGAUAAAAUUGAACUGGGUCAUUUCAUUGCUGUUGUCCGUAAACAUACUAAUAAAAUCAAUGAAACAGAACAAGAAGCAAAUAAUUCAACUUGGUAUCUUUAUGAUGAUAUGAAAAAAAAUUCUCGAGUGGUUGAAAAAACUUUUACUGAGAUUUUCAAAGAUGAAUGGCCAUAUAUGUUAUUCUAUCGAUUGGUGAGUAAUCAUGAAGUUAGUGGGGCAUCAUCUAUAGAUAGUAAUAUUGUUCCACCUCAAGGUUCUAAAGGGAAUUAUUGGUCUCAAGAAGAAACAACUGCGAAGGAAACACCACUGCCAGCACCAGCACCAGCACCAACAGCAGUUGCAACGGAAAACAAUUUAUCAGUGAAAACACAACCUAAAAGUGUUCCAAUUCUGAAUGUGUCACCAAUAGAUCCCAAAUAUGUUGAUAUUAGAAAUAAGUAUUAUUGGUAUUUCACUGAUGAUGAUAAAAAUUAUUAUAGAGAAGAACCAAUAAAGUUAAAAGAUGGUAAUUCUAGUUUUACAUUAAGUCCUCAAUUUAGAAGAAAUAGUCAAUGGAGUGUUAAUUCCAAUAUUAGUUUUGUUCAAUUGGAUAAAGAAAAGAAAUCUAUUAGUACUACUAAUAAUAGUAGUACUCAUACAAUCACAAGUAAAAAUUCAAACUUUACCAAAUCAAAGACUGGUAAAUCAGAUAAUGAUGAUAGUAAUCCAGCUACUACUUCUACUACUACUACUACUUCUACUACAAAGCAAUCAAGUUUACCUAAUAAAGAAAAUGAAAAUAAAUCACCACAUUCAUCCAUUUGGAAACGAGCAAUUAAAAUGACAACAUCACCUAGUGUUAAAGUAGAUUCGACUGAAUCGGUGGGGGAACUUAAUAAACAAAUAUCUCCAAUUAAUUUAGAUUCAUCAAAUGAUAAUGCUAAUACCAAAUCAAGUGGUACUACUUCUCCGUUACCUAAAACAUUAAGAAAUUUAGAAAAUAAUCAAAAGAAACAUCGUCAUCCAUUUUCUCAUAAAAAAUCGAAAACAAAACGACAAGAUGAUUAUAAAAAGGAACAUUGUAUAAUGAUGUAA